CGGGAGCAGCGCGGAGGGAGCGGUGCAAGCAGCGGGAGCCCCCGGCCCGGUGGAGCACGGGCGCUGGCUGCGGAUGGAGGGCAGCCGCGCUUCUCCCCGCUACGGCUCCAUGGAAUCCACCCGCUGGCCGCCCGCCGGCGCGGGGCCAGAGGACGAGAUCGUGUCCAUGGCCGACUCCACCACCACCGUGGAUGACAUCGAGGGGGAGCUCUUCAGGAUCGAGCGGAUCCGGGAGAUCCUGGUGCGCCGGGAGUCGGAGCUGCGCUACAUGAUGGACGACAUCCAGCUGUGCCAGGAGAUCAGCCGGCUGAAAACAGAGCUCCAGAAACUGCUGGACCUGCCAGAGAACCAGAAAUCCAACGAGGAGAAGCAGAGGGAAGAGGAGCUGGUGCAGCAGAUCCACAAGCUGGUGGAGACGCGGGAUUUCCUGGUGGAUGAUGUGGAGUUUGAAAGGCUCAGGGAAAGGGAAGAGGACAAGGAAAUGGCCGAGUUCCUGCAGAGCAAGCUCUCCAAAAGCUGCCUCCAGAGAGCGACUCCUGUCCCAGAGAAGAAGAUGACAUCGAGGGGACAGCAAACCUCGGCUCCCUAUGUGACCAAGACAGGGCUGGCCCUGCUCAGGGGGUGCUGUGGCUUCACCUGCUCCAUCAUGUAGGGCACUGCCAGCGCCUGGCACAGGACACGGCCGUGGUAGGGGCACGUCCUGGGGACACGGGACGGGCAGGAGGGGCUUCCUUGGAGCUGAUCCUGCCCUGGGGCUGAUCCCAGCCUGGGGCUGAUCCUGUCCUGGAGCUGAUCCUGCCCUGGAGCUGAUCCUGCC